AUGCAGGGCGCGUCGCCGCUCUGGAACUCGCCGGCAAAAGCUUGCCAGGCGAACCUGACGUUCCUUCAGACACUUAAUUUGUCCGUCAAUAGCUUCUCCGGCCAGUUACCUUCCCUGAACCAGCUCCAGGAGCUGUUCCUCCUUGACCUGAGAUCCAAUUCGUUCCAGGGGAUAAUUCCUGACUCACUCACAAACUGUUCAAAACUAAAGAUUAUAGAUCUUUCCACAAACAUGCUAGAAGGACCAAUCCCCAAAAAAUUUGGUUCGCUCUACAAUCUACAAAUUGUUAUGGAUCUCUCUCAGAAUAAUCUCACCGGGGUCAUCCCGCCAAGCAUCAGCAACGCCACCCAGUUAUUAGGACCUACCCUUCAGGAUAACCAACUAGGGGGGAGCAUACCUGGUGAACUUGGGGGAUUGUCCCACAUGCUCGUCUUGGCCUUUGGUGGUAAUAGGCUGUCAGGUCCAAUACCACCAUCAAUCUUCAAUCUGACCUCGCUUGCAGUGUUAGACGGGUAUUCCAAUAUGCUAGAAAUGGUGUUGCCACUUGACAUUGGUGAUACCCUCCCUAACCUGGAAAGUCUUACCUUUGGCAGUAGCAUGCUUCAUGGUCAUAUCCCAGCUUCGCUAGGCAAUGCAACAAUGCUACAGCUUAUCGAUUUAUCAAAUAACAGUUUCGUUGGAGAAAUCCCUAGUUUUGGAAAGCUACUAAACCUAUCAGUACUAAACCUAGAGUAUAACAAGCUUGAAUCAGGGGACAGCCAAAGCUGGGAAUCUUUGUAUGGACUAACAAACUCUAGUCAAUUGUCUAUGCUCUUUUUAGAAAAUAAUCAGCUGCAAGGAGCCAUACCAGAUUCCGUUGGUAAGUUGUCAACUCAACUUACACACCUAGAACUGAGUGGAAACAAUCUAUCAGGAACAGUUCCUUUAAGCCUAGGAAACCUGAGUAGCAUAAUCGAUUUAGAUCUUAGCGAAAACAGUUUAACUGGUACAAUUGAAGGAUGGUUGGAGAGUCUAGGAAACCUACAAUCCUUAGAUAUUCAUGAAAAUAACUUCGCCGGGUCCAUUCCACCAUCUUUUGGCAACCUUUCAGGACUGACAAUACUUUCUUUAGCAAAAAACCAAUUUGAAGGUCCCAUACCUCCCAUAUUAGGAAAACUUUCACAACUCUCAAGGCUGGACCUUAGCUAUAAUAAUCUGCAAGGUGACAUACCUCCAAAAAUUAGUGAGCUUAAGCAACUCAUUGCACUAUCACUCUCUUCUAGCAGACUUUCUGGAAAAAUUCCUGAUAAUCUGGGCCAGUGUCAGGGCCUCAUAACCAUCCAAAUGAACCACAAUAAUCUCACGGGUGUCAUUCCAACCUCCUUAGGCAACCUUUUAAGCUUGGACAUGCUCAGCCUCUCCCAUAAUGAUUUAUCAGGUGCCAUCCCAACAGUUCUAAGUGACCUUCAAUCUCUCAGCAAGUAA